AUGAGGAAUCCAGUUGGUUUCAGGUUGAUGAUGUUUAUGGUGUGUCUGGUGUUGCGGGUUGUUUUUGGUGCAGAGGAAAUAAGAUGCAUACCAGAGGAGAGGGAAGCACUCCUCCAGUUCAAGAGUGCCCUUGUGGAUCGCUAUGGCAUGCUCUCCUCUUGGACCACUCCUCACUGUUGCCAAUGGCAGGGGAUUCGCUGCAGCAACCUCACCGCCCAUGUUCUAAGCCUCCACCUUCAUGGAGAAAGGGGUGAUUUUGACAUCUCUCCACGUUAUAUCAGCGGAGAGAUCCACAAGUCAUUGAUGGAGUUGCGAGAAUUAGAGUAUUUGAACCUCAGUUCCAAUUCUUUUCCGGACAGUCACAUCCCAGAGUUUCUUGGUUCUUUGAGAAACUUGAGAUACCUUGAUCUGUCAUACUCUAAUUUUGUUGGAAAAAUCCCAAGCCAGUUAGGGUCUCUUUCUCACUUGAAAUACUUAAAUCUUGCUGGAAAUUCUCUGAAGGGUACAAUCCCUCGUCAACUUGAAAAUCUCUCUCAGUUGCAGUAUCUUGAUCUUCGGUCCAAUUCUUUCGAAGGAAAUUUACCAUCUCAACUUGGGAACCUUUCAAACUUACAAGAACUCUAUCUUGGAAGAUAUUAUCAUACUCUCAAAGUUGACGAUGGAGGUCAGUGGCUAACAAAUCUCUUCUCUUUAACCCACCUUUACAUGGAGUCUAUUUCAAAUCUUAAUCAUUCUCAUAGUUGGUUGCAAGUGAUUGCCAAGCUACCAAAUUUAAGGGAACUGAGUUUAGUUGAUUGUAGCCUUUCCGAUCACUUCAUUCUGUCAUGGAGGCCCUUCAAGUUAAAUUUUUCUACUUCUCUCUCGGUCCUUCAUCUUUCUGAGAACUCCUUCACCUCACCGAUGAUAUUCCAGUGGGUGUCAAACAUCACUUCCAACCUUGUUGAGCUUGACCUUAGUUUUAACCUCUUGGAGGGUUCCACAUCAGGUCAUUUUGGCACGGUCAUGAAUUCGCUUAGACACCUUGACCUCUCCUCCAAUAGAUUCAAGGGUGGGGAUAUGAAAUCCUUCGCCAAUAUAUGCACCUUACAUUCUUUAAAUUUGAUUGCAAACAAUUUGACUGAAUCUCUCCCAUCCAUUCUUGGUAAUUUGUCUAGUGGUUGUGUUAAACACUCAUUACAAGAACUGGAUAUGAGCUAUAAUGACAUCACUGGCACUUUACCUGACUUGUCAAUAUUUCCAUCUCUUGAAACAUUGGUUCUUGAUCAAAAUAAUUUGAAUCGAAAGAUACCAGAAGGUGUCAGGUUACCAUCAAAUUUGGAGGUUUUGUCAAUCAAGUCAAACUCUUUAGAAGGUGGAAUUCCAAAAUCAUUUGGGAAUGCAUGUGUUUUGGGCUCACUUGAUCUAUCUAAUAACAAUUUAAAUGUAAAUCUUCCAAUGAUAAUCCAUCACUUGUCUGGAUGUGCAAGAAACUCGCUAAAAGAAUUGAGGUUGGGUGGAAAUAAGAUCAGCGGUACGUUACUUGAUCUCUCAAUAUUUUCAACCUUGCAAGUGUUGGAUCUUUCAAAUAAUCAAUUAAAUGGUAAGAUACCAGAAGUUAUCACGUUACCAUCAACUUUGGAAGCUUUGUCCAUCAGCUCAAAUUCCUUAGAAGGUGGAGUUCCAAAAUCAUUUGGAAAUGCAUGUGCUUUGGGCUCACUAGAUUUAUCUUAUAACAAUUUGAAUAUAGAUCUUCAAGUGAUAAUUCAUCACUUGUCUGGAUGUGCCAGAAACUCGCUACAAAAGUUGAGUUUGGGUGAAAAUAACAUCAACGGAACAUUUCUUGAUUUCUCAAUAUUUUCAACCUUAGAAGUGUUGGAUCUUUCAAAUAAUCAAUUAAAUGGUAACAUACCAGAAGUUGUAUGGUUACCAGCAAAUUUGGAGGUUUUGUCAAUCAGCUCAAACUCAUUAGAAGGUGGAGUUCCAAAAUCAUUUGGGAAUGCAUGUGCAUUGCGCUCACUGGAAAUGUCUAAUAAUCGCUUCAGUGGUGAGUUUCGCACAAUAAUUCAUCACUUGUCGGGAUGUGCUAGAUAUUCAUUGGAAGUAUUAAAUCUAGGCAUGAAUCAAAUCAAAGGUACACUACCUAAUCUCUCAACAUUCACAACUUUAAAAGAAUUAUAUCUUUAUGGAAACAAGCUAAAUGGAGAUAUUCCGAAAGAUAUUCAAUUUCCACCUCACUUGGAAGAUCUAGAUAUGCAAUCAAAUUUCUUAAAAGGUGUGCUGAGUGAAUACCAUUUCACUAAUAUGUCUAAUUUAAAGACAUUAGAGUUAUCCGACAACUCAUUGGCCUUGGAUUUUAUCCAAAACUGGGUCCCUCCUUUUCAGUUGCAGAUCAUAGGAUUGAGAUCUUGCAAUCUAGGUCCAGCAUUUCCCAAAUGGUUGCAAACACAAAAUGAAAUUCACGAUAUUGACAUUUCAAAUGCUACCAUAUCAGAUAUUGUUCCUGAAUGGUUUUGGGCUAAAUCACAAUUUCAAUCAUUAGCUUAUUUAGAUUUGAGUCAUAAUAAAUUUUCAGGAAAGAUUCCUACUUCAAUGGGGUCGCUUCUUGAUCUUCAAGCAUUGCUGUUGAGAAACAACAGUUUAGUAGGAGAAAUCCCUUUCUCAUUGAGGAAUUGGACAAAGCUAGUAAUGCUAGAUAUGUCAGAAAACAAAUUAUCAGGGUCCGUCCCUGCCUGGAUUGGGACAAAAAAAGAAUUGCAAAUUUUAAGUUUGGGAGGGAAUCGAUUCUAUGGGAGUUUACCAUUACAGAUUUGUUGUUUACGAAAGAUUCAGCUCUUAGAUCUCUCACUAAACAACUUAUCUGGAAAAAUUCCAAAAUGCAUAAAAAACUUUACUUCAAUGGCUGAAACAACAUCUUCAAACAAUGGAGAUCAUCGAUAUGUUUUCAUCCUUGGAGGUUUCUCAAGCCAUCAGCUAUACUAUUUGAAUGCAUUCUUGACGUGGAAAGGUUCAAAACAACUGUUUGAGAAUAAGGGUUUAUCACUUCUAAUAAGCAUUGAUCUCUCAAGUAAUCAUUUUUCAGAAGAAAUUCCUGUAGAAAUAGAGAAAUUAUCUGGAUUGAUUUCAUUGAACUUAUCAAGAAACAAAUUAAUUGGAAAAAUUCCUUCAAAUAUUGGAAAGUUAGCAUCACUUGAAUCUCUUGAUUUGUCAAGAAAUCAGCUUAUUGGUUCAAUUCCUCAAACUCUUACUCAAAUUUAUGGACUUGGUGUGCUUGAUUUGUCACAUAACUAUCUAACCAGACAAAUUCCAACCGGGACACAGUUACAGAGUUUCAAUAGUUCGAGCUACGAAGAUAAUCUCGAUCUUUGUGGACCACCACUUAAGAAAUUGUGUAUUGAUGGAGGGCGAACGCAAGAACCCAAAGUUGAAGUUGAUGAGGAAGAAGAUUCAUUUUUGAAUAAUGAAUUUUUAAUGAGUAUGGGAUUUGGAUUUGUUGUAAGCUUCUGGAUGGUGUUUGGCUCAAUCUUAUUCAAGCGUUCAUGGCGACAUACCUAUUUCCAGUUCUUGAAUAAUUUAGCAGACAAUAUUCAUGUCAAAGUAACAACACUCUUGGCUAAAAUAUUGAAGCUGACCUCAAGUUAG